AUGGUGGCUAGCAGUGAUGGCCAGAUCCAGCCACCACCCUUGGAAUAUUGUUUAUUAUAUUCUUUUUCAUUUGUUUCAAAACUCUCUAUGCAGAUAUUGGAUACAAAUCCACAACUGUUUUUCCAUCUUCAACAGCAGAGGUUAAUAGAAUUAAUACGGAAUGGAAAGGUGGAAGAGGCGCUCGAAUUUGCUCAGGAGGAGCUCGCACCAAGGGGAGAAGAAAAUCAAAGCUUUUUAGAAGAGUUGGAGAGGACUGUUGCAUUACUGGCUUUUGAAGAUGUCUCCAACUGCCCUGUUGGAGACCUUCUGGAUAUAUCACAGCGCCUGAAGACAGCUAGCGAGGUUAAUGCAGCCAUCCUCACAAGCCAGAGUCAUGAAAAAGAUCCUAAGCUUCCAAGCUUGUUAAAGAUGCUAGUAUGGGCUCAAAAUCAACUUGAUGAGAAAGCUGCUUAUCCUCGCAUAAACAAUUUAUCUACGGCAACGCUAGAAGAUCCUGCUGUUUAACAAUGAUAUAAAGUUCGUGUGGAGGAUUGCAGCUGUCUAGAUUGAACAAAUAGAGCUAAAUGGAAUGAUUGAUCAUGCUUGUACCAAUAUUGCAAAGUGAAUGUAGCUAGAAAUUUGUUGGAUGAUGUUUAUUAUCUUCUUAGAUGAUAUUCAGUGGCUGAAGCUCUUGUACAAUUGAUUGUCAACACCUUUUUCCGUAAAGAUUGUGGGAUUUGGUCCUCAAUUUGAAGCAAAAUUAGCUCAACUUGGAGCUAUUGGUACUGUUUAUGCCAUACCUAUGUCCUUAUUAUUGCUUCUAGUUGCAUG